GCAUUGCUGCUUCAGCUCAUUGCCUGCAGGGGACAUCUCUCUGCAACAUUGCACAGUAGACAGAUCCAAGUGAAUGCAUUUCUUCCCGGACUGUGUGUGCAUCCACAGGUAUUUUCUCGGGAAGGUGGAGCCGGCUGGGGCUGGCCACGUUGUGAAUGGGUUGGUGGUGAAUGCAGAGGGCAGUCACAUUGUAGGAGUUGCCAGAGGCUGAGUAGGUGUGUGUGUGUGUGUGUGUGUUUCUGUUUCACAGCAGAAGUGUGACUCGAUCUUCUUACUCAACGGAAACACUCUCGCAGUUGCAACUCGGUGACGCCCUGAAGAGCAGCCAAGCCAAGAGACACAAGAGACGGGUCUGAGACGGACAGAAAUCUGCUGCUGUGACAAGUGGGACAAGGACUUUGCGCUAGUUGGCAUGUUGGAGGAUGGCGCUGGGGGGCAUCAAGACUGCGAGCGGGGACUACGGGGCCGCAUCCUGGGAGCUGAAGAUCGCCGUGGAUGAACUGGGCGAGGACGCCGACCCGAUCACCCUGAGAGUGACGGGCGACAUACACAUCGGCGGCACCAUCCUGCAGCUGGUGGAGAAGAUCAAUAUCCAGAAGAAUUGGUCGGACCAUGCGCUCUGGUGGGAGCAGAAGAACGGCUGGCUGCUGAAGACUAACUGGACCCUGGACAAGUAUGGGAUCCAGGCUGAUGCCAAGCUGCGCUUCACCAGUCAGUGCAAGUCUAUCCGCCUGCAGGUGCCUAACAUGAAGAGUGUGAGGCUCAAGGCAAGUUUCUCCAGCCCACUCUUCCGCUCCGUCAUCGGCAUCUGUGAAGUACUGGACAUCCGGCACCCAGAGGAACUGUCCCUCCUCCGGCCCGCUGACGACCCCAGUCAGAAGAAGAAGAAGAAACGGCAGGGAGACGAGGAAGAGGAGGUGGUGGAUCUGGAGCCCUUCACCACGCAGAUCUCUAAAAACCACCGGUUCCACCACCCCAAUGGUGCCCACUACAUGCGGGAGACGGAGGAGGGGGAAGCAGGCUACAGGAUCCUGGCCGUCAGCCAGCCCAAUGUGGCCCCCGGGGUGCUGGCCAAGAUGCAGCGGCCCGACUCCGUCACCGACAAGGCCCAGAUCCACAGCAGGUGGCUGGACUCCUCUCGCUCCCUCAUGUCACAGGGCAUCAAGGAGAACGACAGACUCUUGCUCCGCUUCAAGUACUUCAGCUUCUUUGACCUGGACACCAAGUACGAUGUGGUGAGGAUAAACCAGCUCUACGAACAGGCCCGCUGGGCAGUCCUUCUCGAGGAGAUCGAAUGCACAGAAGAGGAGAUGAUGAUGUUCGGAGCUCUGCAGUACCACAUAAACAAACGAUCGCAGUCUGGGGAGAUUGAGGACACGCAGAAAGACUCUGAGUUGGAUGAAGUGGAGGCAGCUCUCUCCACUCUCGAGGUGAAGCUGGAGGGAUCAAACCCGAAGGACGUCCUGGACAGCAUCACCUCAAUUCCAGAGCUACGAGACAACCUCAAACUCUUCAGGCCCAAGAAGCUAACACUGAAAGCCUACAAGCAGUAUUGGUGUGUAUUUAAAGAGAUGUCCGUAUCCUGCUAUAAAAAUCAGGAAUCCUUUGGGGAGCCAAUUCACCAGAUGAACCUCAAAGGCUGUGAGGUUGCUCCCGACGUGAACAUUGGUGCCCAGAAGUUCUGCAUCAAGCUGCUGAUCCCGGCUCCAGAAGGAAUGAACGAAGUUAUCCUCCGCUGUGAGAAUGAGGAGCAGUACGCCAAGUGGAUGGCAGCCUGCAGGCUGGCGGCCAAGAGCAAGACCAUGGCGGACAGCUCGUACCACAGUGAGGUGCAGAACAUCCGCUCCUUCCUCACCAUGCAGAAGAGCAACUCCAAUCCCCAGGCUGCGAACGAGGCGGGGGCCGAGGACAUCAACACCAAGUCGCUCGUCUCCCACAGAUACCAGAAGAAGUACAAGAUCAAACAGUUAACCCCUCGCAUCCUGGAGGCCUACCAGAACGUUGACCAGCUGUCACUCAUGGAGACCAAGAUGAAGUUCAUCCAGGCUUGGCAAUCUCUGCCCGAGUUCGGCUUGGCUUACUUUGUAGUGAGGUUCAAAGGCUGCAAGAAGGAGGAGGUGCUGGGCAUCGCGCCCAACCGGCUGAUCCGCAUUGAUCUCAGUGUGGGGGACGUGGUGAAGACCUGGAGGUUCAACAACAUGAGGCAGUGGAACGUCAACUGGGACAUCCGGCAGGUGGCCAUCGAGUUUGAUGAGAACAUCAACAUCGCCUUCAGCUGCCUGACGGCGGACUGCAAGAUCGUCCACGAGUACAUCGGAGGCUACAUCUUCCUGUCCACCCGCGGCAAAGACCAGAGUGAGACCCUGAACGAGGAACUCUUCCACAAACUCACCGGGGGACACGAGGCUCUCUGACGUGCUCCCGCUCGAAGAACACAGUCGGCCAGUCACACCGAGCAUUGAGCAGAACAAACAAAAUGCGGACAAUAGUUGCCUUUCAACUUUGAAUGCUAACUAAAUUAAUCCCACUAAUCCAGCAAACUGCACAGCACACAGCUUUGAAGGCAAAAGAGAGAGAGAGAGAGGUGGCCGUGCUCUGAUGUUUCUGGACACCAGGGGGUGUUUCUGAUGUUACCACUGUAAGGGGAGGUGCCCUGGUUCAGACCAGGAGUAGAAUUAGGCCAUUCGGCCCAUCAGGUCCACUCCGCCAUUCGAUCGUGGCCGAUCUAUCUCACCCUCCAAACCCCAUUCUCCUGCCUUCUCCCCAUAACCUCUGACACCCGUGCUAAUCGAGAAUCUGUCCAUCUCGGCCUUAUAAAUAUCCACUGACGCCCUCUGUGACAAAGAAUUCCACAGAUUCACUGCCCUCGGACUGUAAAGAAAUUUCUCCCCAUCUCUUUCCUAAAAGAACGUCCUUUAAUUCUGAGGCUGUGCCCUCUACUCCUGGAAUUCGUCCACGAGCGGGAACAUCUACAGUGGAAUGUGGGAAUAGUCCCUCUGAAUGAUUUCACCGACUGAAUGGUGAUUUAAUUCCAUCCCUCUUUCCCCUCUCACUAUCAAGCCAGCCAGAUAUUAAACCACAUUAUGUUUAAGAAGGAACUGCAGAUGCUGGAAAAUCGAAGGUAGACAAAAAUGCUGGAGAAACUCAGCGGGUGAGGCAGCAUCUAUGGAGCGAAGGAAAUAGGUGACGUUUCGGGUUGAGGCCCUUCUUCAGACUGAUGUGAGGGUGGGGUGGGGGGGGGGGCGGGAAGAAGAAAGGAAGAAGAAAGGCCCAGGAGCAAACCCAACCAGUACACCCUCGGCCAUCUACCCUCUCCGCUAACGUUAUAUACACCGUAACACAAGUCCGCGUCUCAACGCAUGUAUUAAGCAACGUGAGUUAAAAAUGUAAUUUUAUGUCCGUUUGGUUACUUUUUUUUUUACACACAUAUAUUCCGUAACGAUCUCAAAUUGUUAGGUUAUGAUUUAUGAAUUUUGCAAGGGUGAAUUGCAAUGAGUUCACCAGCCCUAACCUGAGAGGGUUACCUGUAAUUAGAUUAUAUUUAAACAAUAAAAUUCUUUUCUCUCUGAA